GUAGAAUCGAGGCAUCGAGGAUUGGUUUACUCAAGGGUGUGUGUGCGUGUGCUAUUUCUUGGAAGAUGGAGGAGGAGAAGAGGAUAUAGACUAGAAAGUUAAGGUAACUGGCACACAUAAAUUAUUAAAAAAUCUAAAAUAGGUACGACAUAUCAACUGGAAACAUCUGUCAGAAAAGUUGAAAAUAAAACAUGACAGAAGCAAAAUAGUGAUUGCAAAAAUUCAAUAAAAUCCGAAAAAAUAUUGGAAAUGUAAAUUAAAACCUGAAACGGCACAUGAGAGUGGUUCAAAAUCAUUUGGAUCUAAAUUGGAAGUUGUAAAAAGCAAAAAUGGAUAGAAGAAGAAAUCGCAGAGGACGUGGCCACUCUCAUUCCAAUCGGAAUCUUCCACAUACGUUUGUGCAUCCCCAGAACUCCAAACCUUGGUCCUUUCUAGGAGGAUUAUACAGCUUUGUUAUCAUGACAAGUCUGAUUGCACUGAUCUAUCUGAUGCUGGAGUAUCAUUGCAAUAAUUGCAAAGAUAAAUGCGAUUUUAAAAACAUUACGAAGAGCAUUGACGACAUUGCGAAAAAUCUGUCGAUAAUAAAAGAUAGUUACUACGACUUAGAGGUGAAGAUUUCAAGAUUCUCCCAAGAUUUACCAAAACUGGAAGGUCAGAUCGAUAUUUUGGAGGCACUAGCCAACACUAUGGAGAAAAGCCAUCAUGGAUGGGAUCCCAAGACACAGUUGUCUCUUCCCAACGUCGAUGUUUAUCUAAACAAACCAUUAGAAAAAAAUAUUUCGAAAUGUUCCGCCCGUGUACCGAGAACUGUUGAAGUGAAUCAAGAUCAAGAUUGACUAGAUUUAGCGAAAAUUGGAAGAAAUCAAUGUUUUGGAACGUUUUGAUGCCCUUUAAGUGCAAUA